AUGGUUCGCACUAGUUUCCGCAUUGCUGCAUCAGAUAAGUCUGUCCCCUAUCUCUCUGGGACGAAAGAUUUUCAGUAUUUGAGAGGAAAAGAAGCUCUUUUGUCUGGGAUCACAAAAGAAACGGCGACCGGAGCUUUUGUAUUAGCGGUAUCAAACGCCAAAGAUAACGGAAAAUCAAUAAUGAAAAGUCUUUGUUCCCAUUUUGCCGAAAGUUUUACUACUCCUAUUGGGUCAUAUAAACAAUUCAGUAUUUCAUUUAUAGAUGAAUCAGCUGGAGAUUUAUUGCAAUACCGAUGUGAUCGAAUUACUGACAUUGAUGCUAUUAUUGAGGAAGAACAAGGUCGACAUAGAUGUUGUUCGUUAAAGGUUUCUGUGGUUCAUCCAACCAGUAGUUCUUUUGAUUUUUCCGAUAUUCACUUAACGGUGCUUAUUUGGAAUGAAGGGAUACUAGACCAUGAUUUUGUUCGUGCUACAGAACGUGUUGCAUCGGUCUUUGAAACCAGAAUUGUGUCAAUAUAUGUGUAUCUUGAAUCAAUGAAUGCAUCUUUGGUUAAACAAUACAUAGGUAUGGUUUACGAACUCCGUGCGGCUUGUGAAACGAGAGUCUUUGGGGUUGAUCAAAGGGUUAGUUCACAUGUUCGGUUGCAGGAAGUGAGAGCCUGGUCAAUUUUUUUGAAUGAAUUUGAACACUUCGCUCCACAGUCAGAAGGACCUUAUUUUAUAAAUCUGAAUCCCAAACUGGUGGUUGGGGAGAAGUUGGCACAUGCCAUAUCUAAGGGUUCUAGCUAUAUUGUAGCAGAAGAAAGUAAUUCAAGUUUUGUAGACUUUGUUGUAUUUCCUUUGGGUAAUACUAAAGAAGGAGUUGGUCAUCGAAGCAUCUAUUCUCCUCACUGUCGCUUAACGUAUGAAAAAGGCAUAGUUUGCAUCCGCCCUGAAUGUGGGAUGACGUACGUUAACGGACAACUGCUUUCUUCUGAAAUUGUGCUUCGACACAAUGAUCGUAUUGUUUUGGGUAAAGAAAUGGCUUUUCGUUUCGUUAUGGUGUCAGAUAAAAUGCCACUUACAUCAUCUUCUCGAAUAUUGGAUUGGGAAUUAUGUUGUAAGGAAUUUGACUACGUGACAUCAAAUACUGUUAAACAAGCUGAAUGUAAUCAACUUGAAAGAGAUUUGAGUCAACUAAAAGAGGAUUAUGAGGUACUUUACCGGCAACUGCAAAUUGAACGUGGGAGUGAUGACAAAGCUUGGUUGAUUCUCAAUAAUCCUCCUAGUGAUUAUACUGCAUCAUUUGUGUGGCAUUUAGGAUGGAUGAAGGUAGGUGACUCGAUUACCCUGGGUCCAAAAGGAGAUAUUGAUCUCUCAUUUCUCAAUGCUCUUGCAGUUAUUUCCCGUACAAAUAGUGGCUUCAUAUACAAUUGUGGAUCGGUGUCGUUGAAACUUACACACUGUCACCGUUUUUUAAAUGGGGACAGUAUCUUUUCUGUUUGUUUAAAACCUGUUGUAUCUGAUGAUAAUGUUCGCACCAAAAAUAAGGUCUCUGCAGGAAAGGAGUUGGAGGUUUUUUCUGAUGAUGAUAUUUGUGAGCUUAGAAAUAGAUUGUUUGAGCUUCAAUGGUCAAUAACACUUCUCUUUGAUUUUGCCUUCCCCCAAGAGAAGGCGCGCUCAGGUGGUUCUUCGAGUGAUCCUUAUCAUGUAAGAAGAACACAGAUGAGCAACGACGACAUAUUAACAUCAUCAAAAUUCAAACUACAAAAUGUAGCACAUAUGGCCGAAAAAAUGACGGAGGCUAUUCGAAUGAUAGGUUUUCAAUUGAUGAAUGAAAUUAACAAUGGUAUUUCAACAACCAAAAGGGAUACUUGUAUGAUAGAAGACGGUGAGAAUGCUACAAAAGAGCUCUUAAAACAAAUCAACAACGACACAAAACUUUCACACGAUUUACUUCUUCGAGUGCAACAAUUGGUGGGGAGAAUGCUUAUUGAGGGGGAUACACAAGGUUGGGGAAACAAGGUACAAUCUGGUAGCCCGCUGAAAAUUAAGAAUUUUGGUAAUAUAUCUUGCAAUGACCUCAAAACGAGGAUAAUGAAUGUCAGGGCCAAGUGCUUUUGUGCUUCUCCAGAACUUGUGCGACGGAUGGGAAAUACGCUAGAUGUUCUUUCUGGAACUUCAGACCCCAAUAUGCUUUGGGAGCGCUAUCUGAAGGUGCUGGACGCUCUGACAAGGCCAUAUACUGAUGUUUCUACUGCGGUCGCCUCCAAGCGGCAGGGACUUGUGUAUGCCCUUGUAGACGUUCUCGUGGCGCUCGACUACACCGUGCGGGGUGGACUUCUCACCGAGGAGGGGGCGGGUUUAGAGGCCCGUCUGCCGGCGUGGGAGGCGAUCGCCGAUUUUGUGCCCGCCGCCUUCCCGCCCCGCCCCUCCCGCCGGCCGACGCCCCGCGCCGCCUCCCGCCCGACCUCCCGCCCCGCCACCCCGCGAGACCGACCGGCCGGACACACACGCCCAGCAGACCCCGCACGGCGGGCCGCGUCGUCCGGGAAGUCUCCGCGUACCCUGCGAAGUCUCACACCCACAGGCGCAACCACACGCACCAAUAGUAAAUCCGCCGGACUAAGAAGCACGCCCACGUCACCGAGAGUAGGUGAGAGAGCGGUGGGGGUGGGUAGCACUGCUCCACGGCUGGGUGCCAUCUCAGCGGUACAGCGCACACUGCGAGGAACAACAGUUGUUGGUGCCGGAAGAGCAACACCACAGGGAGGAGCACGUGCUGUUUCUCCCAAGUCUCCUCUUUUACGUGGCACGUUAGACGAUUUGGCCAUCGGACGAAAAAAAAAGAAGGCGCUCGACAGUGGAUAG